CACAUGACCUUCCCCUACCCUCAAGUCUCACCCUUUGUUAAAUUCCGAACCGCUGCUCGAUUCUUCCCCCCGUUACCCACGCCGCCAGACUUCAGGGAUUUCCUCUUGUUUACCCCUCCCUGCCUCGCUGUCAUGGGUGCGGAAUCAGCGGAUGCCGCGGAGGUGAUCCCCUCUUUCCUCUCCGACACCGCGGCGAAGGUGUUCGUCGCUGGCCAAAGAGGUCUGGUCGGAUCCGCCAUCCACCGCAAGCUAGUGGCGCUCGGCUUCACCAACCUCCUUCUAUGCACCCACACCGAUCUCGACCUCACCCGCCAAGCCGACGUCGAGGCUUUCUUCGCAGCGGAGCGCCCCCGCUACGUCAUCGUCGCGGCGGCAAAGGUCGGCGGCAUCCACGCGAAUUCCUCCUACCCCGCCGACUUCAUCGCCGUCAACCUCCAGAUCCAGACCAACAUCAUUGACGCCGCCCUCCGCUGCGCUGGCGGCGCCGUCCGCAAGCUCCUCUUUCUUGGAUCCUCCUGCAUCUACCCUAAGCACGCCCCCCAGCCCAUCCCGGAGUCCGCCCUUCUAUCCGGCCCGCUCGAGCCGACCAACGAGUGGUACGCCAUCGCCAAGAUCGCCGGCAUCAAGAUGUGCCAGGCCUAUCGCAUCCAGCACGGCCUCGACGCCAUCUCCUCCAUGCCCACCAACCUUUACGGCCCCCAGGACAACUUCCACCCGGAGAACUCCCACGUCCUCCCGGCCCUGAUCCGGCGCUUCCACAACGCCAAGGUCGCGGGUGACAAGGAAGUGGUCGUCUGGGGCACCGGCUCGCCCUUGCGCGAGUUCCUCCACGUCGAUGAUCUUGCUGAUGCAGUGGUCUUCCUCAUGGACCGGUACUCCGGCUUGGAGCACGUCAAUGUUGGGAGCGGGAAGGAGGUGACCAUAAAAGAGUUAGCGGAGCUGGUGAAAGAGGUGGUCGGAUUUAAGGGAGAGCUCGUGUGGGACAAGACUAAGCCCGACGGUACGCCGAGGAAGCUCAUGGACAGCUCGAAGCUGGCCGCAAUGGGGUGGGAGGCGAAGAUCCCCCUCCGCCAAGGACUGGCGGAUACCUACAACUGGUAUGUGGAGAAUGUUGUGGAACAUUAACCCUCAUUCUUCGAUCUAUUACUGCAUUUGACGCAUUUCAAGAAGGAGCAAUCAAAGAGUUUCAAUAAGUGACAAAUCCAGUGGAAUUUUUUCUGACAGUAAAUUCCACCAAACAAGUCAUAUUCAAGGCAAUAUUGCUAAGUAAAUUUGCAAGUUAUUCUAUUGUCAAUUAGAUGCUACCUUUGAAGCUUGAAAAUUCCAAUGUGAAGUUUCAGAAUCCACUCUUUGAUGCAGUGU